AUGCAUCAUCCUAACAUCAGUCUAGCCGAUUACCCCAUAGAUUCUUUAACACCCCAAUCCACAGCCAUGCUGUCGACGCCCAAUCAAAGCCAGCAGGUUCUGGCCCCCAGCACGCUCCCGCGGAAGUUUGACACAUAUAACGAUCCUUCGCAACACCCGGAUAUCCAGCCCAACGGCAUUCAUUUGAAGGACAUCGGGCCUCCGGGCCAGUAUGUGGACGUGGCGCACCAUCAGAACAACACGCCCUCGGCCAGUCCUUUCAAUCGUAACAUGGGUCAACUCUCGCCUAUUGCUCCCCUCGACUAUCGCCGAGACCUGGUCUCCUCCAGGGGCUACUACCCUAUGGGCUUAUCUCCAACCGCAACCUAUUCCGCUGGUAAUAAUGCAUUCAGAGGACUCUCCACGGUCAAUAUGAUCCCUGGCUAUCGCGACAGCAUCUCUGGCUUUGUUGGAGGUCCUGAAUCCUAUAGUAAGAUUAGAGGAGAUUCAAUUAGUCUCCCGCCGCCCUUCGGCAAAACUAGUGAUGGUGAUAUCGCUAACCUGAGUAAUUCUUCUAAGUCUGCUUCUUGGGGUCAUGAGCCUCUGAGAUCAACUAGCAUCUUCAGUUCCUUAGUACAACUUCCCCCUUCCACUCACAAUUCUGUUAGCGGGCAAUCUUCGAAGGAAAACUCCCGUUUGCCCACUCAGAUUGAUGGCAAAAGGCCACUGGUAGCGUUCAUUGAUUAUGACAUGGGUCCCAAAGACCACUUCGGUUCUUCGUUCAAUUGGCGUCCCGACUACAAGCCUUCCAUGUCUAGCUUUCUGGGCUCGCGUCGUGGCACGAAAGCAUUCGAGAGUAGCUUGGCCGUUUGGGAUCAGAUAAAUCGUGGAAUGGGCGGAUCUGUCGCCAGCAUCAACAGCGACAAUCUAAAUAAUUUCCUUGCUACAAUGCAAAACACUGGAAGUGUGGAUCUUCUGCACAUCCGGAAUGACCAGAGAAAUGAUUCCAUCAUGAAAUAUAUCCUGGACCAAAGCAUGCGUCCUUCGGUGAGCUCUCAGCCUAGGACCUCAUUGCGUGAAGACAUCUUUGACGACAAACGGUCCGUUCGCUCCACGAAACAAAGCCGUAACGCCAGUGUGCUGGGUGACAAACCAUUGUCGCCAACUUCUUCGUUGUCAUCGAAGACUUCUAGAAGGAACUAUGAUGAGCCUCAAUCUCCAAAAGCAGCUCAAAAAGCAUCAAUGCCUCUCAAUCAUGCAUAUCCUUAUCCUCUGGAUCAGUUCAACAAACAGUCGCAGCUCUCUCCAAACUAUGCACCUCCACCGCAUGCUCCCAACGACGCUACUUCAAUUCAGAACACUAUGUCCAACAACAGCAAUGUUCCUAUUUCAAUUAAAAAGGAGACCAUUGAUCCGAGCCUCAAGCAAAACAACUUCUAUCCUCCACAGCACACCAACUCGCAAAGUCUCCAUAAUGUUGGAUCUCCUAAUUUCACGCAAUUGUUUAAAGGCACAGACGUAUCCACCCACCCACAAGCUCUUGCGCCUAACUUAGUAGAUCACAACACUAAUCAAGUGGAUGAUAAGUCGCAAUUGGUCCCAGCUCAACAGUAUGCUCGCGCUGAAGAUGGACGGCCAUUGUUAGGCGCCACAAAAGUUGAUCAGCUUAUGUUGGUGAUCCAGGCUCGUGAAAAAGGAAACACCGCACCGAUCAAGCAGGGUCCUGAUGGAAGCGUCCUUGCACCAGCAGCUCAGGGACAAAGUCAUGACUCUGUCUUGCCGCUUCCGGUUGACUUGGUUGGAGGAAUCGAAAAACCAGUGAAGGAGGAGCCUGGAUUGGGAGAGGGUGACCGAAAGAGACGCAAAGGUAAAUUACAAGAGUGUCCGUAUUGCUUGAAGACCUUUAAUCAAUCAACCCAUUUGGAUGUGCAUGUGCGGUCACAUAUUGGAUACAAGCCUUAUCAAUGCACUGUCUGUUUGAAGAGAUUUACUCAGGGAGGCAAUUUGAGAACUCAUAUGCGUCUCCAUACGGGAGAGAAGCCAUUUUCUUGCAGCGUUUGCGAUCGCUCUUUCAGUAGAAAGGGAAAUUUGGCAGCCCACAUGUUGACGCACAACAAGGAAAAGCCCUUCCAUUGUAAGCUCGACAAUUGUGACAAAUCCUUCACACAAUUGGGCAACUUGAAGUCCCACCAGAAUAAAUUUCAUCUUCCGACUCUCACACUGAUGACACACAAGUUUGCAAACUUGACAGGUGAUGCCAUUGGGCGACUCCCGAAAGAGGAACAAGAGCUUUUGGAAUAUUUUGCCAAGCUAUACAAGAACUCAAACAAAGGUAUCAGAGGAAGAGGAAAAGGUACAGGGGUGUUAAAAAUCAACGAAGGUGGUGCCGAAACACUGCCAUCGAUGGCUGGAAGUACGCAGGGAAGUCCCGCUGGAUACAACCAGUCUUUUAAUCACGAACUCGGGUCUUCCUAUGGAGACCCAUGA